UGUAGCCAGCUAUGCUCAUAGGGCAGUUAGCAGAUAUACGUCCUCCUGCUGGAGGAGACGGAAGUCGACUGUGAGCUACAUGUGAUACUCUCGCAUUGACGGAACCACGUACAGGUCACAUCUAUACCUAUAGUAUUUUCACGUGAUCGGUUCUAGCGGGAUGUCCAGCAGGACGUAUCGACAUGGACGGGACGAGGACCCUGCCCCGCUUCGCAAGCGUCACAAAUCGAAAGACCUCAUGAUGCAGGAACUUAGUUCCCCCGGUCAGUCCCCGAACAGGACGUCUGAGGACUCGACCCUGCCGAUCAUUGCGUCUGUUGCGGACUUCCUUGGAACCGACGUCACAGAAGACGCCUUCCAGAGAGAGGUGGUGCAGAAGACACAGACACACUACAUCGGCCGACAGGAGGCGGAGACCGAGGUGAUUAUUGACAAGCUGAUUGACAGAUACGAGGGGAAGGACAAGGCGCUGCUGUAUGUAGUGUCGGACAUCCCCACAGAAAUAAAGGUGCAGAUCUUCGUGAACACCCUGCUGCACCGCGGCGCCAACCCAUCGACGUGCGACAGCUCCUGGCAGACCCCCCUCCACCACGCCGUCAAGAGGAACUUCAAAGGGGUGUGUAGUAAACUGCUGGAGAACGACGCCCUCCCCCACGUCCGAGACAAGGACAACAACAUGCCCUACCACCUGGCCCUCAACAACAACAACGACGACAUCGCGGCCCUCAUCCUCAACUACAUGCCAAACGCCGUGGUUCGAGAGCUCCAUACAGCGGCGGAUGACAAAGACUCUGAGGCAGAAUGCAAACUACACACUCUCCUACACAAUGAGAUGCUGCAGACUGCCCUGGGUGUGUUGGACUGCAUGAUGGAUCCUAUUGGUGACAGUGGGCACAUGCGGGUGUUUUACCACGUGCUGGAGGCUGACGAGUUUGGUCGAUCCCCCCGACACCCAUCCUUCGGUUCCAACUCCAAGUCCUGUCUACACGUUAUCGCCAAAGAAGGGUAUAAGUCGAUGGUGUAUCACGAUGUUGUCAGGCUCCUUAUCAGGAAGAAGUGGAAAGGCUAUGCUCGCUUCCGGUUCCAGAUGAAUAGUUUCCUGUUUUGCAUCACGCUGUUCGCGAUGACGUUUUCCGCCGUCUCGGCCGUGAUGACGUCAGACCCCACAGUCUACGAUUCACCUGUCCAAGUAGCACGUGCGGUGUUUGAGGUUUGGUCCUACCUGGCCGUGGUCAUCACCUUCUUCCUGGAGCUCAACCAGUUCCGGAAGCACCGACUGGACUACUGGAAGGACAAGUUCAACUGGAUCGACCUAUCGUCCUCAAUUCUCCUGUUGCUGGUUCCUGCGCUCCGCUUUACUCACAAACAGGAACAGUGGCAAGUGUUCUCCGUGGGUUACCUGCUGUGGACACUCAGACUCUUCAAAUAUGCCGCAGUGUUUCGACAAACGGGAGCCUACGCCCAGAUCUUAUGGCGCAUCGUCGCCCACGACUUCUUCCAGUUCACCAUUGUCUUUGCCGUCAUCCUGCUUGCUUUCAGUGGAUCCUUCGUCAUGGCACUUAGGGGAGAGAACUCCUUGCAAGUUCACAACGAAACCAGCACGUUCUGGGACAUCCUCUUCACUGGUGUCCGGAUCCUGAUCGAGGGCGAGCGUGUCAUAGAGUACACAGAAUACAGCACACUGAGCUGCAUCAUCAUGGUCAUCUUCCUCUUCACCUGCAUCGUCGUCCUCCUAAACAUCCUCAUCGCCCAGCUCAGUGACACCUACCAGAACGUGCAGCGGGAUGCACAACGCGGUCUGGAGCUCAACAGGGCGUGGAUUAUUGCCCGUGUGGAGCUCAACAGUCUGUUUAUAGGCAAGGGAUACCGAGUGACGAAGUACCAGGAGGUGGAUGAGAUUGCCAGUCCCAUGGACGUGUUGGAGAAGUGGGAAAACCCUCCCCUGAACGAGCUCAACAAGUACAUCCGAGACAUCUGGGACGGGCUGGACUCGCACAAGCUCAACCUGCUCACCAUCAAGAACCGCCUGGCCCGACAGGAAUACACACUCACCCGGAUCCUAGAGCAGCUGGACCGAAUGGUUCCACCAGAAGGACCUGCCGUCACUGAACCUACCAAUACUACAUUAACAAGUGGGGACAUCGAUCGCAUCCAAUCACAGAUGGUGAUACCCGAGGCAGGAGAACACGCCGGCCUCUCUGACGCCCAGGUCGAAGUCAAGUUUGAAUGAGGUCCACUGUGACGUCAGCAGAUUCAGACCACUGAAUCCUCGGAUUCUUUGUUGACGUCUGCUACGACGGUGACGUUGUGACAGUGGUGAGGAUACAGUAACCCGAAUGGAGUUGUCCAGUAGGGGUUCCUCAGAUGAAGGACCGUCUCCACCACCGCUAGUCAAUAGGUACUGUGACGAUCUGACAACCUAUGUGAACAUGCGACCUGUUUAGCGGACAUCUGUGAAGCAUUUCUUAGAGGAUCUGUGACAUUUCUGCGAGGAUUUGUGAAAUUUCUGUGAGGAUCUGUUACAUUUCUGCCAGGUUCUGUGACACAUUUCUGUGAGGAUUUAUGAUACAUUUCUGCCAGGUUCUGCGACACAUUUUUGUGAGGAUCUGACAACUGUUCCUGUGAGGACCAGAGAAAACUUUCUGUCCCCCAAAGGGGACAUAUACCAUGCUGGUCGAUAGGUAUCCAAAAUCUUCACAAACAUGUUAAGACUGGACAGAUAACACAGGCCACAGUCAGACGGGGCAGAUAACACAAGUCAGACAAUGGCAUGCUCCAAAAGCAUCAUGUGACGCUACCAAUGUGUAUGGUUACCGGUUUACUGAGGGGAGAUCACUCCCGCAAGCCGAUGCGGCAGUGACGUAACACUGUUGCUGUGAUGGUAUCAGUAGCGUAUUGUCUCACGGUCUACAGGAGCAUGUGUAUCAUACUACAGUGCAUAGUUUGAGUGAGUAUGGUUUUACGCCGCUUUUAGCAAUAUUCCAGCAAUAUCACGGCGGAGGACACCAGAAAUGGGCUUCACACAUUGUACCCAUGUCGGGAAUCGAACCCGGGUCUUCAGCGUGAUGAGCGAAUGCUUUAACCACUAGGCUACCCUUGAAUUAAGAAUUUAGUGUGAAACCAACAAGCGAUCAAGAAAUGUUUUGCAAUUCGAUUAAAGUUAACAAAGUUUACAAAUGAAUACAAAUAACUGCAAAUUAUUUUCUGUGACACCAGUGUACACCAGAAUGAAGGUACAAAAUAAUCCAAUGUAGCAAAGAUACGACCUAUGGUAACAGCAUGAAAGGGUGCAGUCAUAGUGUGAAACCCCUCUAACAAACUGUAAACAUGUACUAUGACACGUCUUCGUCAGGCAUUCCAUUCGGUGUCUAUGAUAUAAGGCAUUGUAACUUGUAUGUAUCGAUCACUGAAGUAAAUGGUGACACCAGGUGUUCAUGAGAAGGGCAGACAUGAUCUGCUCUACCGGUAGCACACACAGCUGUACAAGUAAAUCGCGCUUCCGGUUGAUAUGGCGACUCCAGCAGUCUGUAUUUUACUGGCGUUUCAUUCAUUUGCUGCCAUUAUGGGUGAGGAAAGGUGAAAGUUUUACGUCGUACUUGAGAAUAUUUCGCUCAUAUGACGACGUGCAUGCGUGUGUAUGUGUAUGUGCGGCUGCUUGUACUAACCCAGACUUAAGCUGGUUUUAUAGUGCUAGCCCACUGAGAUACC